AAAAAUAUAAAUAAAAAAAUAUUAUUAAUGAAUAAAACAUUAUUAUUAUUGGUAUUAUUAGGAUUAACUACAUUCGUAUUAGCUGAUGUUGUUAUAGAUACAUCAGUAUACGAAAAAGCUACUAAAUGUCAUGAAAGUUGUUUCUGUGAAUAAACUGAUACUAAAUGUGCUGAAUGCAAUAUUUGUACAAGUUGUAGACAUCCAACUGCACAUAUUAUUGAAAACAGUUAUUGCGUAUGUGACACACCUAGAUAUGUAUAAGGAAGAACAAAAGAAGAUAAUGGACUUGUGAAAAAGUUGUAGACCCUGUACCUGUUCGUAAUUGUGAUGGCAAUUAUUCAACUAGAUUUUCAAUAUGGUUAUUUCUAAACUGUUAAAUUCACUGAUGACAGAGGUGUCUACAGUUAUAACAAAAACACCUAAUGGUGGUAAAUCAAUUAAUAAAAAGGAUUAGUUGAUGUUAAAGUAUUAUUGUGGUAACCUUAAGUAAAUUGCAAAGUUGAAGUUACCUUAAAAAUAACACUUUAACCCGAUUCAAGACUUAGAGCUUUGUCUGCUGAAAGCACAACUGGUAAAGUUACUAAAUAAAAUUUCUAAAUCGAAGUUGCCUAAUCUUCAACUAAAAACGCCUAAUUAGAAAAUAACUCUAGUUUUUCUGCAAAAUUAUUCUGCGGUUUAAUCUUAGCUGCCUUAGCUUUAUUAUUCUGA